UUUAAGGUUUUUAUGCUGAAGAUCAUAUAAAUGACAUGUUGCAAUAUUUUGUACAAAAAAUGAAAGACAUCGUCAUGAUUAUUCCUACCUCCCAUAGAAAUUAUAUAUAUGUGCAUUGCCUUCUAAUGGUAGAAAUGAGAAAUAAGGUCAUAAUAUAGGGCAUUUAAGCAUUACAAAUUGUGGAUAUUUAAAAAAAUUUUAUCCUAAGCAUAACAAAAUUAAAUUAAUAUGCAGUUUCAUCAGUAACCUAUCACAACCUUGUAACAAAGGACUUCAAUUUACUAAAGGCUGUGAUUUGUUCGCUGUUGUUGUAUGGUAGACUGGUGAGCUUGGCUUAUUCUUGUGCGGAUGUGUGAGCUCAAUUUUAGCACAAAAUAACGGUUUAUUUUCUUCAGUAUUAAGAAUAAAGUGUUAAUCUUAUCAAAUAAGUGGCUGAUAGUGAACCUCAUAUUUUAUUUUUCUAUAGUGAACGUUUUCUUCCUUUGUUCUACAUACUCUUGUACCACGCUUAGUUCGUAGGCCAUUUUCAGCCAUAUUGUAAACAUUUUGCAGCACUUUUUAUAUAUCCAACGAUUCCAAAACGACAUCUUUUACUUACAGCUGUUGUAAGAUUGAACAGUACUAAUUUUAGAAUAGUGUAAUUGUUAUUUUGUGUCUUUAUUUAGUCUGAUUUGUAUUUAUGUAAGUGUGCUGGUAGGCCUAACCAAAAAAGUGGCGUUUGAAAAUAUAAUUAAUAGUAUAGUCACGUGCAUCACGUUUUAUACCUUUUGUUAAGAUAGAAUAAUACUAGGUUCAGCGAAGUGUAUUGUAAUUUUAUAACUUAAAGUGAUUGAUUUUGUAUUUUUUGUACGUGCCGGUAGGCCUAACCUACAAAUAGAGUGUGAACGUGUUUAAUAGUGAAUUUUACAGUGGGCUGUAAGCUAUUUGUACCAGCACCUAAGUAUCUUGUAGGUCUUAGGUAUAUAAAAAUAUUUGUCAGUUGUCCCUAAAUGUUCAAUUAGUACCAGGUUAUAGACUAACUGUGAGUGAUAAUGGCCACAAAAGGUAGUGACUUAUCAGGUAAAUGUGGGGCCUGCAGGAGGAAGGUUAGCCAGGGGAUAGGGUGCGAGGAUUGUGGCCAGUGGUUUCAUUGGGAGUGUGCUGGUACAAACAAUGAAUUGGCUUUAUUGCCUUGGUACUGCAACUCCUGUGUGCAAGCCAUGGGAAUAAAGAAGCAAGAGGAGACAAUCUUGAGUAUUAGGGAGCUUGAAUUUGCAAAAACUGAGAUUAGCCUCUUAAAAGAGGAAUUAAAUUUAGUAGAUAAUUGUUCUGAAGAACUUAGGACUGUAUCAAACUCCCGAAGGAAACAUAAGAUUGUUUCCUCUGCAUUAGAUACUAAGUUUACUUCAACCAAUCGAUUUGAACCUUUAGCAAUGCUAGAGCCUCAAACUGAUGGUAACUCAGUAGACCAGCCAGCCAGUGCUGAAUCUAGUUAUAAGCCUAUAUUUAAGGCAAAGCCUAAACAUCAGAUUCUUGUACUUGGUAGCUGUCAUGGUAGGGGUAUCGGACAGAGGCUUCAAAAUGCUAUGGGAGAUGGAUAUGCUGUGACCAGCAUAUUCAAGCCUAAUGCUGACCUGAGGAGUGUCACUGGGGACACAGAAAAUUUGUCAGAUGUCACAAAGCCUAUGGCACCCGAGAAGGUCAACCCAGUGUCCCGCAAGAACUUUGAUGUGCUCAGUGUUCUGGGAGCUAGAGCCUUUGGAAAAGAUUUCCUGGUCCGGAAGACAGACAGUGCUGAUUCUGGUCAUCUGUAUGCCAUGAAGGUAUUGGCAAAGGCUGACAUCAUCAAAACAGAAAAAAUUGUAGAGUACACAAGAACGGAAAGACAAGUGCUGGAGGAAGUGAGAUGGUCUCCAUUCCUGAGAGAACUGCAUUAUGCAUUCCAGACAUCUGAGAAGUUACAUCUCAUUCUUGGUGGGCACAAAAAUUGUAAUAUUUAGUAAAUAAGAUUGGAAAGGGUGUACUUCAUAAUACAGUAUGCAUACACGGCAUUUUCAAGGACGUUCUUUGUAGUUUAUCAAGCUCAUCCGCUGCUUGCUCAUGUAAGGAAUUUCAUUAAAAAAGAAAAAAGAGAGGUAAAAUUUUCCCUGUGCUUAACCAAUUAAGCACUGUGCCAUGAAGAU